AUGGAACCGCCUCAAGGACUUGGCAUCAAAAUCUACAAUGCUUCGCCGCAGGUUGAUCCAUCAAAGCAACCUUCUUCAUCCCAGGAUGUUGCACCACCAGAGAUGCCUCCCCCUCCUGGUGGCCGAAAAAGGCGGGCAGUCGCAAAUGGGGUGCAGAAAACACUCUCCAAAACAUCAAUGCUCGUCAAUUUUCUUCCCACAGGAACCCUUCUCACUUUUGAAAUGGUUCUCCCAUCUAUUCAUGCCGCCAAAGGAGAAUGCUCCCAUGUCACAACUCUAAUGACCCAUUCCCUACUAGGCCUUUGCACCCUUUCGUGCUUUUUCUUCCAUUUCACUGACAGUUUUCGCGGCCCUGAUGGGAAAGUUUAUUACGGUUUUGUGACUCCGAAAGGGCUGGCUGUGUUCAAGCAUGGACUUGGAGUCGAGGUGCCUAAAGAUGAGAGGUAUAAAGUUGGUUUGACUGAUUUCGUGCAUGCCUUCAUGUCUGUGCUGGUUUUCGUAGCCAUCGCAUUUUCAGACCAUCGUGUCACAGAUUGUCUUUUUCCGAAUCAUACCAAGGAAAUGGAUGAAGCGAUGCAGAGUUUUCCUUUGAUGGUUGGGGUGAUUUGCAGUGGUCUCUUCCUUGUCUUCCCCAAUACUCGAUAUGGCAUCGGUUGUUCGGCUGCCUGA